UAGAUUCGACUUCUGAAAUAUAUAGUUAUUACGCCCUUAUUCUGGAAAAGAAAAGCGUUGAAAUCUUCUGGAUACGAGGAUAGGAACGCGAAUACCGUUGGGUGUUUCUGUUCUCGGGCUUACCCGGUAAUGUAUGAAAACAUGAAGCCAAAUGGCUGCCGCAUGAGAACCCCAUAAUUCCAUAUGAUUCCGGACGUAAGAGACCCAUGCAUUUGGACGAUUUGGUCUGGUUUUCUGACAGUUAUCGGCCGCCUCGGAACUGUUCUGUUAGCGUAGGAUGAUAACAACUUGGAGCUGACACGGUGGUGGCUGCCGAGAUCGCACCGUCGUUCGAGCAAACGUCUCGUCGGUGAAUUUUCGUCAUCGGAGCGCUUGUAUGGUGCUCUAAGAUGACCAUGACGGCGCGGCUCAAGCAAGUCGUGAGCAAGAACAAGAAGAGGUACCAGGAUGAAGACUUUGAUCUGGACUUGUCAUACAUCAGGGACAACAUUAUCGCGAUGGGCUUUCCGGCGGAGAAGUUGGAAGGCGUCUUCCGGAACCACGUGGACGACGUUCACAAGUUCCUGGAGAAGAAGCAUGGGGGGCACUACAAAAUCUACAACUUGUGCUCGGAGCGGCAGUACGAUGCCAAGAAGUUCGAGAACCGGGUGGCCGUGUACCCGUUCAAGGACCACAACCCGCCCAAGAUCGACCUCAUCAAGCCCUUCUGCGAGGACGUGGAGCGCUGGCUCUCGGAGCACCCGGACAACGUGGCCGUCAUCCACUGCAAGGCCGGCAAGGGGAGGACGGGCGUGAUGGUGUGCUCCUACCUGGUGCACAGCAAGAUCUUCAGCACGGCAAAAGACGCACUGUCCUUCUACAGCGAGAAAAGGACAAAGGAUCUCAAGGGAGUGACCAUCCCGAGCCAGCGGCGCUACGUGGAGUAUUACUCGGAACUAGUCAGGACCCGGGCACAGUACAACCCCCAGACGCUGGUCCUCAACAGCCUUGAGCUGGAGCCUGCACCCACCUUCAACGGGGGAACCUGCACGCCCUUCUUCAUGCUGUGGUCGGCGGGGGCCAAGAUGAGCAAGCUGUACUCGUCCCCCGUGAUAGACGUGCGCAAAGGCUUCUCGGGCCCCCUGCACUUCAGCAUGUCCUGCCCCAUCCCCCUUCAUGGGGACAUCAAGGUGGAGGUGUACAACAAGCCCAAGAUGAUGAAGAAGGAAAAGAUGUUCCAGUUCUGGUUCAACACGUUCUUCGUGCCUCCCUGUGGCGGGCAGGGCGACGUCCCUCACUCCAACGGGGUCGCCGGAGGGGCCGAACUCAGGGUGCACAAUGGGGACGAGGAGAGGCACAAGCUGGUCUUGUACAAGGAGGACCUGGACAAGGCCUACAAGGACACCCAGCACAGCAAGUUCAGCAGAGACUUCAAGGUGUCACUGCUCUUCGUGCCCCGGAGCCACCUGUCCCCCUCGGCGGCGGCGGGCGCGUGCGGGGACGACCCCGGCAGCGACCUGGACGGCCACGGCAGCGAGAGCGACACCACGGACGACGACGACUGGGAAAGCCAGGAGACGACCCACGUCUGAGGCCGGGAGACCGCGCCGGGAGUCCUUCUUGCGAGCGCCCUCCGUUCCGAGACGAGUACGAUCGGCCGCCGGAGAUCUCCGGGUGCCCCGUCUACCGCGCUCCUCCGCCUUCCCUUUUUCAUUUCCGCCUCGAAAGUCGGUAGCAAAGUUGGCAACUUUGCCAGCUCGGCUUUUGCGCUCCCUCACGAAGGAAAGAGCCUCCUUUUCCGUCGUUACGUACGAGUCUUUUUAGUUCCCCCGUGGGGAGACGGGACGAGUAACGAAGUUGGCGUUGUAUUCUCCUGGCGCCUCCUCGGAGAGCCACCGCGUGUGGCGGCUCUGGCUGCCGGAGCGUCCCGCUGCGAGGGGAGCGUGGAGUGCGGACGGGAGUCGGCCGUUGUGCGCCGACCCCCGACGGUGCUCCCAUCGAGGGUCUUUCCAAGGCACCGAGUUUGCGGCCGUCUUCUUCCUCGUGCUGCUUCUCCAUCCGAGCUGGACAUUCGUGACCGGAAACUGUAUCAACGUGAUCGAUGGAGGCGAGCGUUGGAUCUUCUAAAACUGCCGCUAGGUGCCGCCGGCAUCCCGUUGCCGGGGCGAUUCCCAGGACCAAAAGAGAGACUCCAGUGGCGCGCAUCUAGCACCUUUGCCCGGUGUCGUUACUCUCUCGGCUGGGGCUGCCACGACGGUGGCUCUAAUUCUUCCCCCUCUGUUGUUUUAAACAAUUUUUUAGUACAAUUUUACGAAGACUAGUCUACGAGUGUCGGUGACUUUUUUAACGAGAUGGCGCAUUUGCGUCUCUAUCCCGGAAACGAAAGGAGGGCUCUCAUUGCGUAUCACUUUCUUUAGAGAAGGGCUUGCCAAGGAACGAAGGGGCUGCGCCAAGGUGUCCUCGUAGGGGACGGAUGUCGCUGUUUUAGAGCGACGUCCCGCCGUUGAGAAGCUGUCGUUCUGUUCCCCCGUGUUUUGUGCGUUGAUCGUUGGCGACUUGUUUCGACGUGUGCCAUGAAAUUGGAGGCACUCGGUUUGUCACUCAUUGCAAAGGUACCUGAACCCGUUUUGUUGUCGUUCGUUGUACGCGCAGUUGCCGCCCUCUUUAUUUUAUUGCAGCGACAUUUUCUCCGUCGAAAAGGGCUCGGAAACGAAAAUGCGAGAACGUCGUUUUUUUCGCGCGUCGUCGCGAUGGCAGGUUUUUGCAGAGUUUCGGUCUUAGUUCGGCGAAAGUGACGGCGGUCGGCGGCCAUAUUUUAGGGACGGAGGGAGUCGCUCCGUUCGGCUAAAGAAAUGCGUCGCCGACGUGGCGUGCCCUGAGUGAAACCUCGGGAUGUUCGCGUGGUUCGAAUCAUUUGCUUUCAGUGCUUCGUCUUUCUUUCUUUUAUGUAAUAUAGUCGCGAGUUUCUGGCUAUUCUAAUUUUAGGUCAUCUUGAGAAGUUCUCGUUCUUUUUCGUGGCCACUAGUAGCUUUUGUGUUUUUCCGUCUGACAGCAAGAGCGACGCUGGCCGUGGGGACUGAGUGACAUACACAUAUACAUAUAUACAUAAAUAUUAUAUAUAAGCGUAUAUAUAUAUAUAUAUGUCGGCAUGCAUGUGCGUGUUUAUAUGUGCACUUGUAAAUAUAUUCUCGGAUGUUCUCUGAAUGCUUCGAUGUGAACGAGAUAGUAGGAAUGCUGGCUGCGUGAGAAACCUUGUACAUAGUGUAAUUGUACAUAGUCAUUGUUAAGUGUGCGGUUCUCUCGGAGGCUCCUCCUUGCUUUGUUUUCUACGUUGAGAAGCGAAUGACUUUUGAGAUAUGCACACGUUAAGAACACAACCUCGGGAACGGGUCUGCGACACAACUCUCGAGCCACGUUUGUUGAGAGAGCUUGCGCUGACGGUUGUGGAAAGUGAGAGAAGGGCUUCGAGCAGGUGUCGCGCGCACGUUUUUGGGUCGGCCUUUUCUCCGGGAGUGCAGGUGAUAUUUUCCCGGGCGGUGACUCUUUCAAAAUUCGGCAUGUGCAGUUUUUGCUUGGCGUCUCGGGUUCCUUUCCAUCAGUUCCACUCUAGCUCUAACUCCCGCUCGCUUUGUGGGUUUGGCUCCCUUUUCACUGCAACUCGCUCGCGAAGGCCGGAGCUUAGCCGUGCCACGAGGAUCAUUAGCGGCACUCCGUGAAUUGUUUCCUUCUCUAUGCGUCGCAAUGACAGAGGCACGCUCAAGGUUCUUGCCUUGUGUUUCCUUCCGUUCUCGCGACUGUUGUGGAGUGUCUGCACUUUUAGGACUAAUUGCGUGGCGCGAUCUGAGCCACUGCUCGGUUUAUAAGAACCCGCUUCCUCGCUCAGGCUUUCUCUUCAUUGUCACGGCCAUCGCUCUUCCUCGCAUGCAUUUCUGCGUGCGUUGGACGUGCGUUCUGGAAGCUCAAAUUUCCCAUAUGUUUUCUGUAAUGUCAAGUACUACCGUCGUCGACUCUACUUCUUUUUUUUUUCCGCGUGACUGUUUCUUUCUGCACGCAUUAUUUAUGCUUCUCUCGCAAGUUUUAAGCGUUGCUUUCGGGCUGACCCCGUAGCCUCCCUUUGUUCUCGCCCGUAACAUUGCCGCACAGUCUGGCCCUCCCGAAUUUUUACAGAGCGCUCGCGGGUCGUUUCUUCGUUUCGUCUCGUGACAAGAAAAUAAAAUGUUGCGAUGAGGAAUCCUCCGUGGCCCUCUCAAACAUUUUCCCGAGGGCCACGUGGGCGCGUCUCGACUAGAGAGUUAUUAGCGCCGUUUAACGACGCACUUACUUAGGAAUUUGUUGGUACACAAAUUGCUUUGUUUGCCGUCGGCAAGCACAUGCCUGCCCCCAUUGUUCUCUGGCAUAACACUACCAAAGCUUAGAGUUUCUGACGCGAGGCUACCUUAAGAACUACUUGCUUCGAUUCUUUUAAUAAUGCGCGUGGCAUUACUGUAUUCCAUUCACUUUAAGUCUGACUUCAGCCGACACUAUGAUUCGGAGAUCCAAUCUGCAGCACCGAGAGUGCAUCGUCGUGGCACUCGGCGUCUUCGUGCGUUUGCUGCCACCGGCUUAACCAAUUGUGCGCAGAAAAUGAUAACGGUGCAUUCACCGCGCGUCAUUGGUUUAGCCAGUGAUAACAGACGCACAAAGACGCGCCAUGGCACUUUUGGCACCGCUCGAUUGGCUCCAUUGAAUGGUAGUGCACUUAAUCUGAAUUGUAGUAUAAUUGAGGAAUGCCUCUUGGAAUGUGCCAAGAUGCUAUACACAGUUUGUUAUCGCGUCAUUUCUACCGAGCGGCUUUAAUUGCCGGAGGCCGGAUCCCACGAUGACGUCGCCGACCACGGAGUGGCACUGUGGCGGUGGCCACGUGGGCCUAAGAGCUGCCGUCGUCCGCUGGAACGGAGGACGAAGCCGCUGUUGUGUCGCGGUUGCUCGACCUACGGUGGCAGCGGGGGCGCUGCCCGGUCUGCGACGUCGUUCGGAAAUUCCGGUUCCCGGCAGUCUGCGAUCGAAGCCGCUUGAUAGAAAUAAUGCGAUAAUAGUCUUCACAGCUUGGCACAUUCUAUGUUGCGUUCUGUGGUCUGCUACGCCGUACUACGUACGUCAUCUAGAGUACAAAACACGAGCCAGAAAUGUUUGCCUCGGUUAAUUCGGCAUUUAUUCUAAGCUGUGCAGGCAAAAGCCUUGCCUUGCCUGGUCCGAAGCAAAUGGCGGGUAAUGUGGCACGAAGGGGCAAAGCCUACUUAAAGAAUGCCGAUCAAAACAGGAGUGUGGAACUUGAGUGGCCGCCCCCCGAGCAGUAUUUGUGAUUCACCCCUUCUUUGUCUGAAACUGGCCCCAAAACGUCCGUUGGGGCGUGUCUUGUCCAAGUGGCGGGCGCAAAGUUCGUUGAAGUGCUGGGGAUGAGCUUGCACCCUUUCUCGUACCUUAUGUCGUUCGGUUUAAUUUAUGUACCUCGAGUGUGCUUGUACAAAUGUUCAGUGACCUGCGUACAAAGUGUUUUUAUAUGUGGAGCAAUGUGAAAGUAACUACCGUGAGCCUCUUGUUAAGUUUGUGACAGUUUUGUUCUUGCCAGCUGAGGAGCCUUUUUUUUUAGAUAUUUUUAUUUUAAGGAAACAAAAAGUGCCUGCUUUUUCCGUUGCUCGCGAGGGUUUUGUUUCAGCGUGUGGUGCGAGCAAUGUGAUCCCACAUGAUGCUUGAUUCUGGCUCCUGUGCGACUCAAAGUUGUUUGGAAAAGGCUCGCUUUGCCCUAGCGUGCUCUGGGAGUGCCCAGAGCUGCUCGUAUGUCGUGGGGGGCAUAGUGGAGCUCAUUGGUGAUCCAUGCAGCUUUGACAUGUAAAUGUGCUUGUUGGUCGUGAGAUGCAUUGUUUUUCGCACACGCGCGUAGUUUCCACCAAACAGAUUUACAAAAGAAAAAAACCAACACAACCGAGAACUGUGAAUUAGGUGAAUGCAAAAAAAUGAAAGGCAAAAUGGAGAUUCUUGGAAUUUAUUUUUCGUCCGUGUGGUGGGUUUUUGUACUUACGUACCAGUGUUGUGAUAUCCUGUAUGAAUAUUUUUUUUUCUUCACGUUUAGCGUGCAUAAUACAGACAAGUCUGUGCCAAAAGCUUAUGUAAAUAAACAUUGUGCUCUUUUAAA